UUUUGAUUGGACUGCUCCCAACUCAUUCAAAAGAGGGGUCUGUUAGGCUCGCCGUCUGUCGCAUAUGUUCAACUCGGAGAAGCUCUUGUCGAGCGGACAUCCGAAGUCCGAGCCCCCAAUUCACUUUACAGGUCGUCGCUGGCAACGCCAACAAGUGUUGGCUACGUGAAGGAAGGUGUGCGCGCGCGCGGAAGCGACGUAACGAGAACACGCUAUGAAUAUGCGUGCGCGACGCCGAACGACAAACCGCGGAGUCGCGAGCCGGCGUUCAACGAGUUGCGUGAGAAGCGAAUAGACGACAGUGAGCCGUUUCGCUCGUCGAGUGGCUCUCACCUUGCUGCGGAUCUGACCGGAAGUGGACACUUUCCGGAUGAGUUUUUGCGGCGUGCCCGGUUCCUGCUCCGGUUCGCUGUCCGACGACUCCAAACAGUCCGCCGGUCCCUCCGCCAUCCUUUUUUCUCUUCGGAGGGUCCCGCAUCAGACCACCCGGGCCGCCGAGAGAGAGCGAGAGAGAAAGGGGCUCGGGAGGGGGGGGGCGAUGCAAACACGCCGGAGACGGCGCGUCGCUGACCUCUGCUGGACAAAGCGCGCACGUUGAAAUAUCAUUUUGGUUCGGUUCAUUUUCGCAACGAAAAAAAGCAGGCAUUCUUUUAAACGUGAUGUAUGGAACCCGUAUAUGUUAAAGUGCCUACGACCAGUGGCGGACUUGGCAAUUUUGGGGCCUGAGGCGAACAUAUCCAGGGGCCCUUUUCAUGGGUCAGAGGUUAAAAAGGGCUGGACUGAAAAGACGUUCGCUACUGCCGCCAAGCAAACGGAAGGCUCGAUGCGAAAUGUUGCUAACCCUGAACAGCUUCAACAGCAAGAAACACCUUGUUUUCCGUUUUCCAGUACUUGGCGGGGUUUGUUUUCAAGACUGUCAGCAGAAGUCACUAGGGAAGAUGGCGGCCGCGGCGGGGACAGGCCGACUCUCCGGAAAGGCGGCAGCGACGGCCGCUGCCGCAGGCUCCCGCUCUGCUCCGGGUCUCGGAAGAGCGGCGGCCGUGCUCGACGCCCGCGAGUCAGCGCGCUCGCCGGCAGCCGCCUCUUCCUCCCCCUCGUCACGGAGACGAGAGGCCGAGCGGGGCUCCGGCGACGGACCGCCAGCGGCGGCGGCCAGCGACGCGGCGGCGGUGGCGGCGGAGCCCGGCUCCGGUCGUUCAGACGUGUUCGUGUGCCCGAGCCUUUUCCCCAAGUCAGGCGAGGUCCCGUCAGCAGGUCCCAAUGUCAAGCACAAGGUGUCGCCGUGCGAGGAGCGGGAGGACGCCAAGAGGAGGGGCCCGUGCAAAGAGGAGAGCAGGGAAGAGUCUGGCGUCCCGUCCGACUCUGAGAACGAGGAGCCGUCGUGGACGCGCGUCGGGAGGUUCUCCGCAUUCGUGAGGCGGAGUCGAACGUCGGCGGGCGUCGGCAGUGCCGCGCGGAGGAGUCGCAGCUGCACAGAGGCCUGCGACAACAGAGGACGCAAGAGCAAGACUGGCUCCGCUGCGCCAGAUGCGGCGGUGUCGGGGUCGGCGGCCGGAAUCCUCCUGUCGUCCGAGAACAGCCGCUCGGCCUCGGCGCCCGGCGGCGCCCCGGAACGGCGGCCGGCUCGGCUCGGCGGCGGCGGGGCGCCUCCCGAGCGCUCGGUCAGCCCGGAGAGCAACGACAGCAUCUCGGAGGAGCUCAACCAUUUCAAGCCCAUCGUGUGCUCGCCCCGCACGCCGCCCAAGCGGCUGGCGGACGGCCGGCUUCUGGAGCCGGCGCUGGUCAAGUCCACGCCCCGGAACUUGACCUGGCGCCUGCACAAGCCCACCAGCUACGAGGCCAGCCCCGCCGUGCUGCGGCGCUGGCGGCAGAUCCAGCUGGACCGACAAAGCCUAGAGGUGGAUUCCAAGGGGACGCUGACCAGCCCCGUCAAGGAGGUGCAGGAGGUGUGGGGCGAGGGUGCCGCGCUGCCCUCCAACAAGAGGAAGCUGCUCUUCGAGCUUCCCGACGCCCCUUGUCCCAAGAUCCGUGUGCCCGCCGUCCGCUACGCCGGCGACUUGACUUUUGCCGGCGCUUCCCAACUGGAGCCGGGGGCCGGCCUGGGGGCCUUGUUAGGACGCGCGCGCUCCUUCUCCCCGUACGCCCGCCAGUCCGGCUUCCGGUCGACGCCGAGUCGUCAAACGGGAAAGAGCCGAGGCGGGCCGGUGGUCGCCGCCCGCCGGGAGAGACGGGACCCUGCGCCGGCCCCGCGGAAACAAUUGGAGAGCGCUCCCCGCCCCGCCGGCCCCGUGAAGUACUUCCUGCGCUCCUGGACGACCGAUUGCGGGCGUCCGGGCCUCCGGCGUUCGCACCGCAUCAACCGGCGGCGCUAGCCGAUAGGACCCCUGGGCUAAAUACUUUUUUUUUCUCAUCAGGCCGCUUUGACAAAUGUCGCCGCCCCAUCGACGGCGAUGGAUCUCGGGAGAGAGGCGGUCCCGUAGCCCUGGCUUCCAUAACGGAGACUUGACAAAAGUGC